GAAGAAGAGACAAUCCAACAAGAAAAAUCGCACGUCUCAAACAAAAAUGAAAAAUGAAAAAUUGCAGAAGGACCCAAGAAAAGGGAAAAACAAACCGGGUUGUACCCAACAGAUGAUUUGCAGAAAUCGGGUGCGAUGUCUCUAGAGACUAGUGGAGAAGAAAACUGAUACUUACACCUAUACACACAACUAUUUUCAAGAAAUGAGAGAAGCUAUGAUCAUUACAUACAUACUCGCAACUAUCUGUAUAUUAUCUGUCACUGUACAUGCAUCACAAUGCUCCAUGAAUGGAAUACCGUUGGUGAGAAACAUUAGUGAGCUUCCACAAGAUAACUAUGGCAGACCUGGUUUUUUACACACUACACUUGCUGGAUCACUUCUACAUGGCAUGAAAGAGAUUGAGGUGUGGCUUCAAACAUUUGCCCCAGGAACACACACACCAAUCCACAGACACUCCUGUGAAGAAGUGUUUGUUGUUUUGAGGGGAAGUGGAACACUCCAUAUUGCCUCCAAUACACAUACAAAGUUCCCCGGGGAGCCGCUCGUUUAUCCCAUCUUCACAAAUAGCACAUUUCACGUUCCUGUUAAUGAUGCUCACCAGAUUUUGAACACGGGAGAACAUGAGGAUCUGCAAGUUUUAGUCAUUAUAUCACGGCCUCCUGUCAAAGUGUUCAUGUAUGCGGACUGGUACAUGCCACACACAGCAGCACAACUGAAGUUUCCUUACUAUUGGGAUGAAAAAUGCUACAAGAAUAAUGAGACUCCUGAAAAUGAUGAGCUUUGACUUCUGUAACUGCAGUAUUUGUAAUUUGUUGAAACACUAAUCAAACAACCUCUAGCUAGCUGUUGGGCAGUCUCAAGCUAUUGUACAUUACAGACUUUGGUCUCGAAUUCUUGUUUUGAAGUUGUAAGUCUGAUACUAUGCAAGCGUGUAAAUAAAAAAGUUUGUAUAAGGGUUGAAGUUUGUAUUUCUCGUUCUUUUGUUUUAAGAUAAUGGAAUGAAGUACUAUUGUUGCCA